GAUCCGACAGGAUGGACACGUUACUGACUCUGAACAAUGAUGCCAGCACUAGUAGUGAUGCCCGUCCAUCAGUAAUACCGGUAGUAUUAGAAGAAGCAGAGUUGUUUGUGCAAUUUGGUCACAAGUCUCUAUGGACUCAAUUGGUGGUGGCGGUGGCUUCGAUCAUCUAUGCGGUGGUCCUUCACAAUGGACACUUCACCGUGUACAUUCUUGCCGUGAACCAAAGCUGGUUUUUCGUUCUUGUGUGGUGUACGACACUGGCACAACAACACAGUCGUACACCAUGGAUCUUGUGCGGUGUUUCCAAAGUGCUGCUUUUGACAGUGUUUAUUUCGUUGCGAUUGCAAGAUCAAGAAGAUUUUCCUCUGUUUUCCGGACUCAUCUUUCUGGCGUGCGUUCCGGUUUUUGUGGCGGGCAUGGUGCGCAUACGAUCCAGUCUGCAAACGGCCCAUUCCAAUAACAAUCAACAACGCAGUGCCAUGGCACUCGAUUGCAUCGAUGCGACGCUGCGAGCGGGUGUCUUGCAAUUGGCUUUGCUCACAGCGGCACUGGUGGGAUUUGGAACACUCUCCGAAGUCGAACUGGAGCAAAUUGUACGACUGGAGAGUGGCAGUCAUACUACUACCAAUGAACAAGACACCACCAGUACCAUGUUAUUUCUACUGCAAACAAAGCAAGAUCACGACGAAGCCAUUCAAGGCGCCAUUACCUGCACACAGGCCAGCAUGGCCAGUGGCGCCGUCAACUUUUUCCUCCUGCAAUCCAUCGUCACACGACAUGUGACCAAAUUGCAAUUGCACCACAUUGUGGCAGGUCGCGUCUUGUGGCUGGAAUACGCCUCCAUGGGAUCGCAAUUGCUCAUUGUUGUGGCCGUGGCGGCCACCUUGGCAUUGACGCCCUCUGCCAUGUACACAGCCUUUUUCACCCAAGUUGAUUGGAAGGAUUGGGGUACCUUUCGACUCCUCUUUCUGGUCGUGUAUUUGCUUCCAGGGGUUCUUCUCUUUCUGCUCAAUGUCUACUUUUGUGCGGUUUUUGGGAAACCCGGGCCGUUGCGGGAUUUCUUCCUGCAACGCCAUGACACAACAACCAAUUCAAGUAGCACUAGUGCUAGUAUCGGGGAGAGGAUGGACCGUGCCGAGGAAGAAGGACGCAAAUUGCAAUGAUCGGUGGAUGAUUUAUACGAUAAGGUCCAUCGUGGUGACACGGAACGACAGUCCCUGCAGGUUGCCAUCACGGAUCUACAUGGGUUCUGUCAUACUGAACUCGCGCCACGAAUGUCCCGACUGGAGGAGUCGCAUCGACAACGGCGGAAUACAACAACGACGGCAACAAUAAGCGUGAUACGGCAAUAAGGAAGGACCACUAGCACAGACGCGGUCACACAGGGCCACCUACCGUGCGAGAGGAUCUCUUCAAAAGCUAAUCUCCUGGUCCUACACCUCAUGCUCCCCUGCCCCAACAAAGGAACCAGAACAACUCAUGCGCAAGUCUUCGCAACGAACAAAAUCCUUCUCCGCCUCCAUGCUGUCGUCCUGUGAACCAGUCCUCUGCCUACCAACAACAGAAGGAAAUAUCACCCCCCAGUCAGACUCAACUCAAUCAGAGCCCCUUCACUUGGCUGGUUACUCGUGGAGACUCUGUCAAUGCUUCUUCGUUGUGCAUCUAUUUAUUUGGAGCGGGGACCGGGAAGGGUGCUGUGGACCAUCCAGUCACUUCUCGGGCCGAGAGGUUCGCAAUACCGUACAUUACGACAUAGGUCCAACCCGAGCUCUUGGUUCCGUCUCUGGGUCAUUUCCCGGCCCUACAGUGCUGGCCAUGUUGCUUCGUCAGAAGGAGCCUUGGGUCGACAGAUCGGCCAUGGGAAUGUGCCGAUUGUAGUAAUUUGCCGAGGUGCCUUUGCGCAUCGGUCCUCCUUGUCCCUAGACUUGCGCUGCGGGAGCUUCAGCAAAGCUGCCACCACCACUGGAUCGUCCAUGGGAGAAGUCUCCUCCAAAUGUGGAUGCCGUGGAUCGUUUGCUGAAGGCUGUGAAAGUGGAAGAACCAUGUAUUAUUCUUUUUGCUUUAUAGUAGUCUCCUAUCUAUUUAAUUCAUUGCAACUAGCUAC